AUGAACCGUCGGAACAUAACAAAUUCAGUAUUUAUUGCUUUGGUUGUUCUUCUAUUAGCUGAAGAACUAUACGGUGGAAAUCAUUUGUUGGUUAAACGAUCUAUGGAUAUAAAUGGAACAAAGUUAGAACCAUUUGAUGACGAUCAGUGUAAUAGCGAAAAAUUACAACGGAUUAUGAAAGAAAAUAUGAAAGAUGAUUAUCAGAAUGCCACCAUCAACAUCAUGAAAUAUGCGGAAAAUUCAAUUGGUGGUCCGUUUAGUGUGAUAUGUGCUCGAUCCGAUUUUGCCUAUGUAACUCGUGCGAGACUUUACUGCCUUUGCACUGUCGAUGAUCUCAACUGCUUUGCUUAUUUGACAGAAGCAUAA